UUGAUAAGUGGGAUAACUCCAAAACUGGGAUACUCCGCUCCUUACGUCUAAUAUCUAAUUCCAGCCGCCAAGCAUUCGUAGCACUGUCCAGGAAAACGUUACCCUUACACUUGCAGAAAACCCGCGUUCUUGCCCCUCCAUUUUCCCAUGUUCGAACCCAAGAAUGGGUAUCCGUGCCAAGAGCAAUUUCGAUCGAUCAAGGACGAUAUGGACACCCGAGAUGGAUCGAUAUUUCAUCGAUCUCAUGUUGGAGCAACUCAAUAAAGGUAAUAGGUUCGAUGAUCAUGUUUUCAGCAAAACGGCAUGGAUGAACAUGAAUUCAUCGUUCAACGAGAGGUUCAAGUUCGAAUACGAGAUGGAUGUGCUGAAAAACCGGCACAAAACGCUGAGGAAUCUGUACAAAGCUGUUAAGAACCUGUUGAAUCAGAAGGGUUUUAACUGGGAUUCGACUCGACAAAUGGAUCUUACGGGUUUUCUUAUUUACGGGUAAACCCAGAUGUGCGUCCUUACAGAGUUAAAACUAUUCCUUACUACGAUGAUCUGGGUAUUAUAUAUGGAGAUAAUUCAGCUAGGAAAAAGGUUUUUCUUAAUGGCUUCAACUCCAUACGAGUAUGAUAUCUUUCACCAGCAUACUUUUGAAGACAACAUCAUCUCACAAUCUCAUGAUAUUGCUUCCCAGUUCGUCAAUAUUGAAUUAACCAUUGACUUUGUUUUCAUAUCCGUCCACCAUGAUUUCUCAGCAGACAUCUCCACCGUCACCAACCAUAUGUCCUUACGAGAAACCUUUGGUUUCGAGCUCGACAUUCUAGAAAACCAGCACCUGUUUCACCAAGUUCUAUUUCCCGCGUUUAGAAGACUCCGAAUCAACACGGCCUCCCUUGCUUAUCACAACUUCGUUUAUGAUAUUUUUGUACGUGGGAUGCGUAGCAUAGGAACUAAUCGUGAAGUCUUGCCCUUACGAUCAGUGAUACAUGCUUCCGUCGUGGAACACGAUUACGUUCCCAGUGACGGGGUUUCGAUGGGAAGAGCUUUGGCUGAAUCGGCAUUGGAGUUUGAAAGCAGUAACUAUGGUAUGGUUCCGGCUAAGGAGUCAUUGGUUAAGGAGAUGGUAAGCAUGGUUAGAGUAGAAGAUGGAGAUGAAGAAGAUUGCAUGAUAUGCUUGGAGGAGCUCGAGGUUGGGUUCUAUGCUUCUCGGAUGCCUUGUUCUCAUACUUUUCAUGGGGAUUGCAUCGAAAAGUGGCUGAAGCAGAGCCAUUACUGUCCUAUUUGCCGGUUCGAGAUGCCAACGAAUUAGGCUUAGAUAUCAACUUUUCAUUCUUUCAUUUAUUUCUUAUGUUAUUGGAUAACUUUUGUUAAGAUUUAGUCAUUUGUUGGAGCUGUAGAUGAUAGUUUAUGCAAAUAUAAGUACAGUUUGAGAAAAAGAGAUUGCAAGCA